UAUACCCUCUUAAAAGUUGCUCUGCUUUUUUGCCACGUCUACAAAUCCACUCAGGAAAUUCUGAAUGCCAAAGCUUCUAUGGAAAUCAAGUUAAGUUUUGAGAUCUUGCAGUCUUCUUGGUCCAGAGAUCAACAGCGUAUCAAAAAUGGUUUAAGUUGUUAAUAAACCCCACAGGCGAGCAGCAGGGUGCACCUGUAGGAAGAUUUCUGAUCGAGUAAGUCUGAAAAGUCACAGUAAAAGAAGUAAGAGUUACAUCACCUCAAAGGUUUUGGAAGUUCAGCACUACUGCAACGCCUGCCAUAACUGGCAACCACCUCCGGCACCAAUCACCUCCUGAUGAUCAAAGGCAGAUUACCAGUGGGACAGAUGUCGUCAGUAGUUGCUCCAGCCAAACAGUCAGACACCAUGGGCCCCAAAGAGGUGGAGCUGAUCCUUGUGAAAGAGCAGAAUGGAGUGCAGUUUACCAGUUCCACCUUGAUUAACCAACCCCAAACAAACUCCGAUACCGAGGAACGAGAGACUUGGGCAAAGAAGAUAGAUUUCCUCCUCUCGGUUAUUGGAUUUGCCGUGGAUCUAGCGAACGUGUGGCGAUUCCCUUAUCUGUGCUACAAAAAUGGAGGCGGUGCGUUUCUUGUUCCCUACCUCUUUUUCAUGCUAAUUGCAGGAAUGCCUCUCUUCUAUAUGGAAUUGGCUCUUGGACAAUACAAUCGAGAAGGGGCUGCAGGUGUUUGGAAGAUCUGCCCCAUAUUUAAGGGUGUUGGCUUUACUGUGAUCUUGAUUUCGCUUUAUGUUGGCUUCUACUACAAUGUGAUCAUUUCCUGGGCUCUCUUCUACUUGUUCUCAUCCUUCACUGGGAACCUACCUUGGGAGCACUGCAACAACACAUGGAACAGCCUGAACUGCUCUGACCUUUUCAACAGCUCCAACUUGAAUGAAACCCAACGAACAACUCCAGCAGCAGAGUAUUUUGAGAGAGGAGUCUUACAUCUCCAUGAAAGUCAAGGAAUUAAUGACUUGGGGUUGCCCAGAUGGCAGCUGACAUCCUGUUUAGUUGUGGUAAUCGUUGUCUUGUAUUUCAGCCUAUGGAAAGGAGUAAAGACAUCUGGGAAGGUUGUGUGGAUUACAGCAACAAUGCCUUACAUGGUCCUAACUGUUCUGUUGUUGCGUGGAGUUACCCUGCCAGGGGCCAUUGAUGGAAUCAAAGCAUAUUUGAGUGUCGAUUUCCUUCGCCUGUGUGAGGCCUCGGUCUGGAUAGAUGCUGCUACUCAAAUAUGCUUCUCGCUAGGAGUUGGGUUUGGUGUGCUAAUCGCGUUUUCAAGCUAUAACAAAUUCAGCAACAACUGCUAUAGAGAUGCUAUAAUCACCAGCUCCAUCAACUCCCUUACCAGCUUUUUCUCUGGUUUUGUCAUCUUUUCUUUCCUGGGAUACAUGUCUCAAAAACAUAAAGUGGCUCUUGAGGAAGUAGCCACAGAUGGGCCUGGACUCGUGUUUAUUAUAUACCCAGAAGCAAUUGCUACAUUACCUGGGUCUUCCAUCUGGGCAGUCAUCUUCUUCAUAAUGCUUCUGACCCUGGGAAUCGACAGCGCUAUGGGUGGAAUGGAGUCUGUUAUCACGGGCCUGAUUGAUGAGUUUAAAUUUUUGCACAAACAUCGGGAGCUCUUCACUUUGUUCAUUGUCCUGUCGACAUUUUUGAUUUCACUCUUCUGUGUCACCAAUGGUGGCAUUUAUGUAUUUACUCUUCUAGACCAUUUUGCAGCAGGAACAUCAAUUCUCUUUGGAGUGCUUAUUGAAGCAAUUGGUAUUGCGUGGUUUUAUGGAGUAGCACGAUUUAGUGAUGACAUUGAAGAAAUGAUUGGUCACAGACCUGGCUUGUAUUGGAGGCUGUGUUGGAAGUUUGUGAGUCCUUGUUUCCUUUUGUUCAUGGUGGUUGUCAGCUUUGCAACCUUUAAACCUCCUUAUUAUGGAACAUAUGUCUUUCCAGUGUGGGCAAACAUGAUAGGCUGGUGUAUUGCCGUAUCGUCAAUGGCACUGGUACCAAUUUAUGCCAUUUAUAAAUUUGGUUCCCUGCCUGGAACAUUUCGAGAUAAAUUAGCUUAUGCAAUUACUCCUGAAAAGGAACAUCAUUUGGUGGAAAAUGGAGAAGUUCGCCAAUUUACACUUCGUCACUGGCUAAUGGUGUAAAGAAGUGCGCAACAUGAAAUGGAUGUCCCUGUUCUGAAAAUGUACAAGUUAA